CAGCCAUUUCAUCACCCCAGAAACCAGACACAAAAACAUGGCAGAAAUGGAGAAAGAAGGGAGACCUCCCGAAAAUAAAAGGAGCAGGAAACCGGCUCACCCUGUGAAAAGGGAGAUCAAUGAGGAAAUGAAGAACUUUGCUGAAAACACCAUGAAUGAACUUCUUGGCUGGUAUGGUUAUGAUAAGGUUGAAUUGAAAGAUGGCGAGGAUAUUGAAUUCAGGAACUACCCUACAGAUGGGGAGAGCCGGCAGCACAUUUCUGUUCUCAAAGAAAAUUCUUUGCCAAAGCCAAAAUUAUCCGAGGACAGUGUUAUAUCACCAUACAAUAUGAACACAGGCUAUCCAGGGCUUGCCACGGGAAAUGGACUUACUGACUCACCAGCAGGGUCAAAGGAUCAUGGGAAUGUACCCAUUAUUGUACCAUUAAUUCCACCACCUUUCAUAAAGCCACCAGCAGAAGAUGAUGUGUCAAAUGUACAAAUAAUGUGUGCCUGGUGCCAGAAAGUGGGAAUCAAGCGAUAUUCCCUGAGUAUGGGAAGUGAGGUGAAAAGCUUCUGCAGUGAGAAGUGCUUUGCAGCUUGCCGAAGAGCAUACUUCAAGAGGAACAAGGUAUGUGACUGGUGUAAGCACAUAAGGCACACAAAAGAAUACCUGGAUUUUGGGGACGGGGAGCGAAGGCUUCAGUUCUGCAGUGCAAAAUGUCUCAAUCAGUACAAAAUGGACAUUUUCUACAAAGAAACACAGGCCAAUCUUCCAGCUGGACUGUGCAGCACAUUACAUCCUCCGAUCGAAAAUAAAGCAGAAGGUGCUGGGGUACAGCUGCUGACUCCAGACUCUUGGAAUAUACCGCUAACAGAUGCUCGGAGGAAGGCCCCCUCCCCGGUGUCUGCAGCUGGCCAAAAUCAAGGGCCUGGACCAUCCUCGUCAACCACCGUCUCUCCAUCUGACACUGCCAACUGCUCUGUCACAAAAAUCCCCACACCAGUUCCCAAACCCAUUGCCAUCAACGAGACUCCAAAUGUCCCUCCAGUUUCUGUUCAGCCACCUGCUAGUAUUGUGCCUCCAAUCGGUGUCCCACCUCGGAGUCCUCCCAUGGUGAUGACAAACCGAGGGCCUGUCCCCCUGCCCAUCUUCAUGGAACAGCAAAUCAUGCAGCAGAUCCGCCCUCCCUUUAUCCGGGGGCCACCUCACCAUGCCUCUAACCCUAACAGCCCUUUGUCUAACCCAAUGAUUCCUGGGAUUGGUCCACCACCGGGUGGUCCCAGAAACAUGGGCCCCACCUCCAGCCCUAUGCACAGGCCAAUGCUAUCACCUCACAUCCAUCCCCCCACGACGCCAACCAUGCCUGGGAACCCUGCGGGAUUGCUGCCCCCGCCCCCUCCUGGAGCUCCUUUGCCUAGUCUUCCCUUCCCGCCUGUCAGCAUGAUGCCAAAUGGCCCUAUGCCUAUGCCACAGAUGAUGAACUUUGGGUUGCCAUCCCUUGCCCCACUGGUGCCACCCCCAACCCUGUUAGUGCCAUACCCUGUCAUCGUCCCACUGCCUGUGCCCAUCCCCAUCCCCAUCCCCAUCCCUCAUGUCAAUGAUUCCAAGCCCCCUAAUGGCUUCUCUAGCAAUGGGGAAAACUUCAUUCCAAACACACCCAGCGAUUCAGCUGGGGGCAAGUCAAGUGGACACUCCUUGUCCCCUAGAGACUCCAAGCAAGGGUCUUCUAAGUCCUCUGACUCAUCACCCGGCUGCUCCGGCCAGUCGUUGAGUCACGCAGCAGCUCAACAGGAGCAUGGUAAGAAUGAGGUGGUGGAUUUGACUGUGCGGUCCAGCAGCCCCGUGAACAAUAAGUUUAGUUUUUCCAGUGUGGUCCAGGGCCCUCAGGAUGGUGUGAUAGAUCUGACCGUGGGUCAUCGGUCCCGGCUACACAAUGUCAUUCACAGGGCCCUGCAUGCUCAAGUUAAGGUGGAACGUGAAUCUAACAGUGUUGUAAGCAUGGCUUUUGGUAGCUCUGACAAAAGGAACUGCAGUACUUGCAGGGACAAUAAUUGCAAUGCCGUUGACACAAAAACUCUGCCUGGUGGUGCCGGUGACUCGACCCACUGUGGGCCCGUCUCUCUGGCCGCCUCAGGCCCUUCAGGACUCGAAGCUACCAGUGCUGCGGUUUGCAAUGUCAUCGUGAACGGGACAAAGAGCACUGAGGGGUCUAAGGGCUCAGAACAGCCUCCCGAACCUUUGGCUCUGGCGCCUCCUCCUCCUCUCCUUCCGCCACUGCCACUGCCUCCUCCUCCUCCUCCUCCUCCUCCUCCACCUCCUCCUCCACCUCUACCUCCUCCCGCCCCAGCCUCCCAGAAGAAGUCCCAGCAACCUGAGGAGCCAGCAGUGAGUGAAUUAGAAUCCGUCAAGGAGAACAACUGUGCUUCCAACCUCCACAUGGAUGGAGAGGCCGGCAAAAAGCUGAUGGGGGAAGAGGUCCUUGUGGUGGGUGAUAAGACAGACCCAAACCUUAAUAACCCCGCGGAUGAGGACCAUGCCUACGCUCUGCGGAUGCUCCCCAAGACAGGCUGCGUGAUCCAGCCUGUGCCAAAACCUGCAGAAAAGACUGCCAUUGCACCAUGUAUCAUUUCAACGCCAAUGCUCAGCACCGGGCCAGAGGACCUGGAGCCGCCAUUGAAAAGGAGGUGCCUCCGAAUUCGUAAUCAAAAUAAGUAAAAGGUUUGUAGGUCCACGUGGCCUGUCUCAGUCAUGAGCUAAGGGCCUCUCCUCUCUGUCUGUAGAUUGGCAUGGACAUGACUAUGUGGUGAGACCAAAGGAGAGGCAGAGAUCUAGGGGUUAUCAGCUAUCAUCCAACAAAGAAAAAAAAACCGAGGAAAGAAUAGAGAUUGGGGUGGGGAGGGAGGUGGGGUGUUACUGUCAUAACGAUAUAUUUUGUUUUUGCCUUGUAUAAUCUGUGUUCUCCAGUCAUUGUAGGGUGGGACGAUUUUGGAGAGAAGGAUGAAGGUUUAGUGGGAGGGACCUCUGUAAUCUUUAGUCAUGGGGCGGGAAGCUAUAAAGAGUCAUCUAACUAGCCAAUGACCCACCCAUCUCCGCCAUAUUCUACUGCCAGUCACACCACUGGCUAGAACUUUCCCAAGCCAUCAAGUUUCCAUUAUAGUCUUUGUAUUCUGUUUGCAAAGAUCAUCAGUAGCGUCCAAGAGAUGAGCUAAGAACAAGCUCUGUUGCCCAGAGCUCCGGACAGUUGCCAGCCAGGCAGCUGGGGAAAAUGCUUGCUCUGAGUCUCAGAGGGAGCAGGGGUAAAAGGUCUCACUCUCUACUUGGUUUUAUUGGGAGAAGCCUGGGGAAGACAGGGUGGUCCUUUAGGACUGUGCUGCUUUCUUCUCCUGCUCCCUGCUAUUGAAAUGAGUAGAAGAGGAGGGAGAGAAGGAAGCGGUGCAUAUAGCAGGGUGGCAGUUGGUGUCUUGGUUCAUCUCUAUAAUUGGUAGUACACUUGAAGGGAGAAAAGAGUACCUUCCUAAAAUUGUCAAACUUAUCCUUGCUGGGAAUCCUGCCUAGUUCUGUUGCACAGAAGGGAUCGACAUGAUGUAGUGGAAAGUGAAGUCACAAAAGAGAAUUCCUUUGGGUUCAAAUCCUACCUCUGACACUUAUUAAGCAUAUGACUUUGGGUAUGUCAUUUAACUUUUAGAGACCUCAUUUCCUUCUCUGUAAAAUUAGGGGAUUAGGCUUGAUGGCCUUUGAAAUUAAGCUCCAAAUAUCUGAUCCUAUGCUAAUGAGCCAUAAGUAUUAUCUAAAAAGUGAGUGGCUGACCUUUAAGUAAAAGUCAAGAAAGGAAAUAAGUCCCAGGAAAGGAGAGCUCCAGAAUUAUGAAGAAAAUAUAGCAAAUUCCCACUAGGUAAAAUCAUUUUUAUUCUCUCCUGUUGUUUUGGGGGGAAAGUCCUCAGGCUAAUGAAGACUACUUCUCCAAAGUUUGGGAUAGUGACUUUGUCUUAGGUAUUUCAUAAACAGAUUGCCAACAUUUUGAAGUGAAGUCACUAGAGUUUUCUGUUGGUCACCUCAAUUGAAAGAGUUUUCUAGGCAAGUCAUCUAAUCUCAUUUCUGUUGCUUACUAACUGGGCAACUUUAGGCAAAUCCCUUUGUCUUCCUGGGCUUCAGUCUCCUCAACUAUAAAACCAGGGGCUCUGAUUAGAUGCCCUCUGGAUUUCUUUCAGCUACAGUGAUCUCAUGAUUUGGUGAGCAUGAAUAGCAGGCGGUGAGAAUCUGUGAUCAAAACCAAAAAAAUAACAUAAACAAGCAUUUUAGGAAAGCUGAGAAAAAGCAUGGGGGCAUAUAACUUUUUACCACAUUUUUUUAAAAUGUAGAAAACUUCCACUCUCUCAAAUGGGCAGCAGGGCAGUUAUACUCCCCAAACUGAGAACAGAGGUGGCCAAACCACAAAUGGCAUCACCAGGUCACUUACUUAGGGAUCACUGAUGCAGAGGAAAAAGGGAUGUCACAUUGUGAAUAGUCUGGUUUCUUAGUCAAGAAUGGGUCCAGGGCCUGGCAAAUGGACACUUACAAUCAUUGGAGAAAAUAAAAAGCCUCCUUCAAUCAAUUUCCAAAGAAAUUAUAACUCAAUUUCCUAUGGCUUUUAAGUAUGCAUGGGGAGUGGUGGUAGGGGUCCUUUAUGGUGUUUCUCACAUACUGCAACCCCCCUCUUCCUUCCCUUCAUCUACUGCCCUGACCCAGAGGGUCAGGAACACUGAUGAUUUGCUGGCUGUAGCUUAGCAGCUUAGCAACAAAGCUAGUGAUUUGCAAUUGAUAGAGAAUGAGAUCAACAUCAGUAAAUCAUGUUUCUGUUGUCCGUUGUAGUUUCAUGUCACCACACAUGGUAUAAUCUCAGCUUGUUAUAAAUCAUUUGUAGAAUCCCACCUCUUCUUGUGACUACCCUCCUGUAUAUAUCUACACGUACACAUAAGCACACACAUGCCCACACACAUACACAUGCACAUACACAAACUGUGUCUUUCCUUUUUGCCUUUAAACACUUAGUCAUAUUCAUUGUUAUUCCAUAUUAUUAGGAGGCAGUGUCAUAACAGUGGAAAGAACAAUGGCUUUGGAGUCAAGAAUUCUGGAUUCAUUUCUACCUCCCUACUUUCUUUCCUUUUUUUUUUAACCCUUACUUUCUGUCUUAGAAUUGAUACAAAGUAUUGGUUUCAAGGCAGAAGAGAGGUAAGGGCUAGGCAUCUGAAAUUAUGUGACUUGCCCAGGAUCAUACAGCUAGGAGGUAUCUUUGGUCAGAUUUGAACCCAGGACCUCCACCUGGUUCUCUAUCCACUGAGCCACCAACCUGCCCCUUUAACUCUGUACUUUGUGUUACCCUGAACAAGUCACUUAAUCCUGGGUUUCAGCCAUAAAAUGAAAGGGUUGAACUAGAUAGCCUCUGAUAGCCCUUUAAGCUCUCAAUUUGGGAUCCCAUGAUUUCCAAAGUAGGAACAGUUAAGUCCUAAAUAAUGGACUUCAAGACUUUUGUAACCAGCUGGCUGACAUUGGACUGGUGAAAGAUACAGGCCAAAUAGAGGUAUAGCUGAAGGGAUGUCCUGGUCUUGUUGAUAGACUUCUCUUAUUGGCACUCUUAGAAUCAUACUGAGACAUCUGCUACUAGUACCAGAACUGUUUCCUCCAUGUCUUUCCCUUUCUGGUCAACCAUUUACCAUAAUGCAUUAGUAUUUAUUUCUCAUUAUCUUAAACAGAAUCAAAGGGCCGUAGUUGGAAAUCAAUAAUAUAAUCACCUAGCAAAAUGACUGUAUCAUACUGUUAGAUUAUUGGUCUUACACAGAAGACUUUCUGGGGAUUCCAGUCAGAAGAAAUUCUGUCCCUUUGUACAUGACUUUAUAUAUUCUUUUGGAUAGUAUCAGUUGAUAGGAUUAUAAGUGACAUGUGUGUGCAUAUAUGAUUCCCUGUAGCUACAGGAGAAAUUAAACUCAGAUGUAGAUAAAAACACAAUUUAGGGGCCAUCCCUAAUCCUUAAACCUUUGACAAUUUAAGGACCAGUUUUACAUCUUCUAUAGGAUAAGAGGAAAAACCUUCCCUCCAAGUGAAGAGACAAAAUGCAUGUGCAUUUUUCCAAGUGUACUGUCCACAAAGAAUUCUAUUUAUAAAGGGAAUAUUCUUUUAUUUGUCUUUGCCCAAGGGUGGUUUAGAGGAACCAUUUGCAUUUGUACAUUUUCUGAAUCCCCAAAGUUUAUAUUUACUUCUCUUAUAACUAGGAGUUCAGAGUAGCCAUAUGCAAACAUUUGCAGAUAUGCAAAGGCCUACUACCACCACUACCACCCAUUUUCCAAAGAAAUACAACAUUCUGAUUUCAUUUUUUAAAAAUCAGUGGAAAAAACUUAGAGCUUGAGUAAUCCUAUCACUCUCGUAUUUUCCACUCCUAAAGAGAGAACAGUGGGCUCAGAACUGAUUCAGCAAAAACAAUGCAUGAAACUUUUCAUUUUGGAGAAUAGCUGUUCAGGUUGUUCUUGUACAAUUUAAAAAUCAAAUGAAAAUAUUGGCCCUUUCUCUCCCUGGUUGUUUUUUCUAGACUCAAGCUGUGUAGUCCUGACUCUUUAGAACUCCUGGAGACUCCUGUCCCAAGAGUUUGGCCUCUUUAGUUUUCUCUGGGAAGGCUGGAGGCAGUGACUGCAGGUUUGGUCCCUUGGAGUUUAAUUAUUAGUCAGGUCAUGGCACCUCACUAACUGAGAUGACUGUUUCGUGACAGGGAUUUCUCCUCAUUAGGGAAACCAAACAUGUGGUUGUAGCAUGUAACUUCUUGUCAGUUUAAACUCUUCCACAGAAUAGUUUGACAGAAAAGUGCUGGCUUUGCCUGUGGUGAAGUUUCUGAAGUCAAACUCUAUAUUCAGAAAGCUACUCUGAAUGCUUCCUUGCCAAAACAACGGAAGAAAAGGCAGAGCAAGAAAAGGAAACCAGUUGAAGUAUGAGCUGUUGGGGCACCAGGCCAGAUGAGAUUAUUUAAGGUCCCAAUUAAUUUGUUAUUGGAAAUGCUAAUUAGCAGCCCAAGUCCCUGAUUUUCAAGUUUUGCUUCUGGCCAGGGUAUAUGUAGUUAGUCAAAUCUAAGUUGAUGUAACUCAAAGAUUCAGUGGAAAAAGCCACUGUGUGAGCGUUAUCCAUAGACACUACAGUGAUUAACCAGGAGAUUUUGUUUGCUGCCAUUGUCUCAGGUUUGUCAACAGAGGCUGUCUAAAAUUAGCUUGCCUCAUCUGGGCUGUACUCUCAUGCUAUAUGUUGGCAGGAUUAUGAGAAGAGGUUUAAGGUAAACCAAUUUCGAGUCUCUGAAACAUCUGGCUUUCACGUAGUAUUUCAGUCCGGUUCCAGUGGAAAGUGAAGGGCUACAUGCAACCAGAUUACAUAAAAUAGAGAGACAAAGUAUUGGCAUAUUUUUCUUUCCAUUUCUCCAAAAGGUGAACAGGGCAUUCCAAUUUUAUACAUUUCCUACAAGGGACAGAUGAGCUAAAGAAUGACUUCUUAUUUAGCUGCAUCAAACUUGGGAAUUUGCCAUUUGCCCUGGGGAGAGAGAAAAUUAUUUCAGUUGUAAAGACUCCAGGAUGUUUCCUAGGGUACCACGAGUUCUAUCCUGAAAAGUGCAGCGACACAUCUAAUCCAUUUCUCUAAAUCUUACAUGAUAUAUAUAAUAUAUUACAGAGCUAGGUUGUUCUCCAGUGGAACUUUGACAAAAUGAUAGAAAACAAAGAGACAAAUUCAGAUCUUUCUUCAAGUUCCCAGGAAUGAAGGAAAGAAAGGGCAAAAAUACAUUAUACUUUUCUAAAAUGUAUAAUCUUCUUCAGAUUACAAGCAAGUGCUAGCUAGCGUCCUGGGGUGGUGGUGGUGAAAUAAGGGCAGGCAAUUUUUUCAAAUUUGGUCUCCAAGUAGGCAAUCUAAUGGUUUCUGUCAAAGAAGUGAGAACUAGGAUAUCUAUAUGACAGCAAACCAAUAUUUUGGGGGCAAAAUGAACUGAUGUAACACUUUCAUGUCUCUCCCUGCCCCACCCCCCCAAAGCAACAACUUGUAUAUAUUUUUGUUACAGAACAUCUUUCCUUACACUGAGGAGGCCAAAAGGAAGGAAAGAAAGAAAAGAGGAAGGAGGGAUGGAGGGAAGAAUGGAGGGAGGGAGGUAUGAAAGAAAGGGGAAGGAAGGAAGGAAGAAUGGAAGGAUGGAAGGAAGAAAGGAAGGAAGGAAAUGAAUAAGUCUUUGAUUGUAGAAUUCUUAGAAAUUAAUCUCUUGAUUCACUGCCAAUAAAUUGCUCCUAGAGGUACUCAGGCAGCAGAAGCUUCCUGAUUGGUCAAGAUCCAGUCAUUCAAUAUCAGGGACGGACCAUACCAUGGGGCACAGAAGUUUGGAAAUAAACAAUACUGUACAGUGUGGAAUAUUUACUUCAUGGAGACCCAGCCCAAACACAGCCUUUUCCAGAACAUCAUGUCAAAGAGGGUGUGCCAAAAGGAAUGAAGAGAAUCAUGUAUUUUUUUCUUUUAAUAUUCCCAGCAUGGAGUUUGUGCUACUCAGUUGCCAUUUUAAACACAAUAUAUGUAAUUUUCAGAAGACCACUUAAGUCACACCUAUAUGUCACAUAUAUGAACUAUUUAAUAUUGAAGGUUUUGGGAGGUGGGACAAGGAAAGACUGACUCAAAAAGUAAUUAUAUUUCAGGGGAAUUGAAAGGAAAUAUUUUAAAAGGAUAAAUGCUCCCACCACUCCUUAACAUCAACCUGAGCUAAUUCUAAAGAGAAAUCUAGAGGGGAUACCAUCUCAGAGUCAAAUUGCUAAGUACCAACUAAGUAUAAAUUCUCUGAAAAUGUGUAAAGUCCCACCAAAUUCUGAAAAACACCCAGUUGCAGGGCAGGGCAGAAAUUGAUUUUAUGAUGGCAAAUUAGAGGCAAUCAGGAAGAAGAGUAAACACACUCAAAUGAUUUCAAGGGUCAGUUGCAAGAUCUUAGCUGAGAUAAAUCAGAGCCAGGAAAGCUCAUGAUACUUGUAGGAAUGACUUUCCACAUUUUAAAAUGGUUCCUAAGUGCCAUAAGCUUUCAUUGGUGGAAAACGAGAAAAGCUUUCUCUGAUUAUCUUUAGGCUUGGCUGUCCUGGAAGUAGUAGAGUGGUUCAUCACAGCAGUAGGGAUUAAAGAUGUGCUUCCAGCAAGUUAGUUGUGUGGCUCCUAUGCACAUCAUCAGGAGAUGGCCAAGAAAGAUAGAAAUGGCUCUCUGGGCAGUCAUGAGAUCAGGGACCAGGCCAGUGAAAACUGCUGUAUUUCCCAAGAUGCUUUCCUAUCCAGUUAGUUCAGGAAUCUCCCUCCUCCUUUCUGCCAGGUCUGGCCCUCUCCUCACUUCUCCUUCCCAACCUCUGGUUUGUUGGCCUCUUUUAAUAGCAAGCUGUCCUUUGUCUUGAGUGAAAGGAAGAUAGAAACAUCUGGCCAAAAAUGUUGAAGGAGCAGGUAGAAAGGAGAAAUACAGCAACUCUAUAGACACAGAUGAUGUAAAACAUUGACCUGAACUCUGAAAAUGUAGUGUAAAAAAAAAUGUAUCUCUAGCUCAUUUGCAUGACUCUAUUUCCUCCAGACAUGUUUUUGGUAUUUAAAAUGAAUGGUAUUCCUGUACAACAUGUGUCUCAAUUUGUAAUGAUAUCCUCCUUGCAGCUGGCUUAGUUCUCCAAGUGUUUCUAAAAUGUUACUGUCUUAAAUUUGAGCCAACCUACAAUAACAAAUUAUCGAGAAGCCAAGUGGCUGAAAUACAUUUGUUGAAAGAAAGUUGGGGAGGGGGGUGGAGCUAUAUUUCAGUCUUUGACUCUUGUGUUGGAAAUUUGGGCCGCGUAAUUUAAUCUUCCUCUGUGGAAACCUACACACACACAUUUUAAAAAUUGUGCAGAUUGGAUGUUGUGAGGGCAAGAACUAUCAGGUUUAAGUUUCUCUACAAAGAUCUGUGUCCCAUCAACAUAUUCUUUUUAUAUUUUAAACCUAUAUUUAGAGCGAUUGCAAGAUAUUUAGUGCAUAUGCAGUUAAAUGUUAGAACUUUGUCAUUAUGAAUUGUUCGAUACUUAUAUUUUAAAUAUUUAUAAGCUCCAAUGAACCACUGAAGCUGCUAUUUUAAAGAACCUUAUCCAAAAAAGCCUCCCUCCAGAAUACUGUAAUCUAGUUGUAUCUGAACAGUAUUACAGAUGAUAUGCAAUGAGAUCACCAUGUAUCCAUGCAUGGAUUCCAUGUGCUUUUGGUUUAAACUCACGUGCCCUUUUUGGCAUAUCCAAUUCAUUAAUAAUUUUUGUUGAAAUUGUCAUACCGCAGAGUUGUCUCUGAUGAAAUUUUUUUUUCUGCUGGCUCCUCAAAAGGCAAAACCAUGAAAAUGUAAAAAUCAUAAACUCUUAUGGAAAAUCCCACUUCCUUCUCAUCCUAAUACACACUUAGGACUUCUCUUUGCAACCUAAGUGAAGAAGUUAUCCCAACCUGAUUGACCAAUGGCCCCUUCUUGGCAGGUUUUUAUAGUUUAUUUGGUUCUAUAGACUAGAUCUUCUAUCAUAUACAGUCAGCUGGAGAGCUAGUCUUUCUCAUACUGUUAUCAUAGGAAACCUGACUGUUAUUUGUGGUCUUCAUAGGAAGAGAAGGGGCGAAAUUAAGUGCCAAGCUCAGUAUCCACUUAAACUUAGGAGGUUAUAAAUUUCAAACUGACCUCAGGCCUCUGGGGUUCGAGCUAUUUUAUGACUGGCAAAAUACAACUUUCUGGUCAGAAUAAGGAAUAAAGCAGCUUAGGAAAAGGGCUCAUAAAGUUUCUUGGACAUCUAAUAGCUCUUACCAAACAGCAUUUUGAUGAGUUAAGUGUAAAUGAGUCAGAAACAUAUAGAUUAAAUUUCCCUUAAAAUACACAUGGGUUUAAAAAUUAAGGCCAAAGUGCUUGGCAAAUGCAUUUUGGUUUUUGCCAAACCCAAAAUGUUUGAAAAAUAGUCCGAGCCAUUUGCCAAACCAAAAAUACAUCCAGGUUCCACUGUCCCUCCCAUUUAAUACUAUGGAAUUCUAAACAUGAGACUUAAUGGCUAUUUUCCUAUGCUUUGAGGUUUGAUCAGCAUUGAAUAUCAAAUAAUGAUAGAAAAACUAUACUUG